CCCGGCAAAUAUAUUGCAACUUAAUAAGAACUGUUGAAUAAAUAAAUUUGAUAACAUUCGACUUUGCCUUGCGUAACAGCACAACGAUUUCUUGUCCUGGUUUUGCCUCAAGGUAUCUCAAGUGUGAACUCAACAAUAAAAUCGACAUCAUCAACUCAUUUCUACAAAAUGGGAUUGAAUAUCAGUUCUGAUCGCCGUAGUGCUCCUACUCAGGAGGUGGACAGGGACUACGAGCGAUUGAAAUUAAUUGCGUUCUGUUUUAUAUGCGGAUGGUCACAGUUCCUGGUCUGGUUGACUAAAGACCAAGUCCGACGAGGUUUCGUGUAUCGCGAUUGCUGCGCAGGAUCGAAAGAACCGCGAGGUGGACCUCUGGUUCAUGAUGACAUCAGUGGUCGGCUGCUCCCAGUCCCACAACCUUUAAGGAUUGCGGCUCGCAAACGGACCCGGUGUCCGUCACCGCUCGAGUGGCCAAACGUGACUUCUCCAUAACGUUCGUUGACGUGUGCAUGCAGACUUACCCGUCCGCCAGUUAAGUCGCGUCUGACGUCACCGAAUUUAGUGAGGAGGCGCAUUCGGCAUCGAUUUGUGACGUGGUCGACUCGGCGACGAGUGUCCGUGUGACCGUAGAACAAGUUGGUCACAACGAAGACGAUAUCAUUCCCUACGUUCUGCCAAAAAUGGAAGAAAAUCGCACAAAAGAAUUGAACGUCAUCUACAAGUUGUGGGAAAAGCGGUUCUCACAGUUUUCAAAAUUUAACGACGGUAUCAUAGCAGACCCAGCGACCCUUUACUCCGGGCCUCCAGAAGUUUUGACAAAACUUAUGGCUUCCCGGUGUAGGUCGCUGGGUACUGUGAUAGAUCCGUUUUGCGGUUCCGGUGCGAUCGCGAUCCAACUGGCCAUGGUCUGCCGCAAAGUAAUUGCGAUGGACAGUGACCCGGUCAAAAUCGCGUUCGUCCGGAACAACGCUUGUGUGUACAGGGUCGAAGACCGAAUCGUCUUCCUGGUGGGUGACUUCUUUGUCGAUGCUCACUCGCUGCAGAGGGCAGACGGCAUCGUCACGUCACCACCAGUGACCAUGACUAAAGAAGAAAUGGCGAAGUUAACCAAAUUGGCAAUUAGGGUGGCGCCGAAAGUUUUAUUGGGGUUAACAAAAGACCAUGAAUUGUCAGAUCUGUACCAAUUAGAGAAUAAAAUAUUUAAUAAAAUUAAUACAGAACAAAUAUGUGUUGACAGGGAGCCAAAUUCAAUUUUGGCUUUCCUAGGUCCUGGAGUACGUAUUUUUUUAUAUCAUUAAACGUUUACAAUAAUUAAGCAUAACUAUAAUCAUUGGUCCAUCAUCCAAUUCACACUUGCAAGUUAAUUUUGUAUGUUGAUAAUUUGUUUGAGAUGAAUACGAGUAAUUAUAACAGAAACUUAGACAGGAUACAAAAGAAUGUGCUUUUGUUUUCUGAUGGGAUAGCUGUUAAUCGUCGUGUACAUUGGAUAAUAAUAAUCUUUUUGCAUACGACGAUUACCUCAAAAACGUCGAAGAAUACCUGAAGAGACACAAUCUCAACUGACAGAUGAUUCCUCAACACAA